ACACAGAUGCACUAUUAUUAUGGCCAAUAUUGACCCCUGCCUGGUAGUCAAAAUUGAGCAUUAUUGUGCAAUAUUUGACCGACCUCUUACAUUACAUUUGAUUGGAUUAUUUAGACAGAAGUGGAUGAACAUUCUAGCACAUUUCCGCCGGUUUUAUUGUGCAGAUCAGUGUUUUACUGCGCCCCCUGACGUCACUUUCUCUUUAUUACAGCUCAAAAGAUAAAUCCCAUCUGUCAGUGCUGACUGUGGAAAACCAACACUUUAGAUUGUUCUGCAUACAGGCAAGGUGGGUUUUUUUCCCCCCGAAUUUCAUUGUCUUGGCUGUAUUCAAAUGCCAACUGGGUAAAAGACACAUUUUCCCACCGUUUGCUCCAGGUACGCAACCUUAGAGAUAUUGACCGUGUCGUAGAAGAUUAGGCCACACACGCAGCUUAAUGUGUUACUCCUCAUCGUCUUCACUCAGCUCUCCCUGCUCGACUAAUGUGCAAGGACAGGAAAGUAUUGACUCCUUCCUGGACGCCAUGACUUGACUGGCUUCCCCGAUCUGCAGGGUUUGCCAAAAACGUUGUAAAGGAGCAUCAAAGCCAUGAGGUUGAAUCCACUGCUGCUGCUGUUUUUGACAUCGUUGCAGAAGGCAACGUCUCAGGUGUCUGAAUGGAUCGAAGAGGAAGACUUUAGUGCAGGGGACAUAGAAUGGAUUGGGCAACCAGAUUUCCUGAGUGACAUCUACUGGUCAGGGACAGCCCCGCUUUGUCUGUCCGGUUGCAAGGCGCGCCACCAGGAGCUCAGGCGAGAUCCCUGUGGCGACUCAAGCUGCUGCUGGCUGGGUUACAAGUCCCUGUGCAGAGUGAACUGCGGGAAGCCAGAUGUGGAUUUUAAUGGAAUGGUUUCUGGAGAUGACUGGUGGGUGGGAGCUGUACUGAGGUACUCCUGUCGUCCUGGCUUCCUGCUGGUGGGAAACGCCACUAGGACAUGCCAAGCUAAUGGCCUGUGGACUCCGAAACCUUCCUGCCUCAGAAUGUGCAAAAAGGGCUCCAUUGAAAUAAGUGAGAGGGAACUCAAUGGCACUUGCAACGCGACCUGCGCGUCUAAAAGCUACUCUGGUCCUCCCAAGCAAGGCUGCACUCAGAUCCACAACUGCAAGAAGAAGGAGACGGGCUGGAAGCGUUUCUUUGCCCAGUGCGUCCCUUGCAUCUGCGACUGUGCUUUAUCAUGCCUAUCUACAGGCUAGAAAUAAAAGAAACUGACAGGAGACAUCACCUGAGGAAUAGAAGAGCAGCAGAUUGGUCGGCUGGUGUAAACGAGCUGCGGCGUCGACACAAGUAACGGUUGAUAUGAAUUGAAUCACUUCCUCCCUUUCUUUCUGUUUUGCACUCUCAUGAGGGCCGGGACACUCUUCGGAUUCCUCGACAUAUUCCGAGGGAUAGUGUCAGUUUUUUUUAAAAGUUUAUUAUUGAUCCAGGAGUGGUUAUGAUUUCAGCAUACGUUAGCGUGUACAAUUUACACUAUGGUUUAUUGGAAGUUAAAGCUCAACGCAUGAGAGGAACGAAACCGUGUAGAUUAGUGGCUCCACCGCUUCGUCCAUCUGUCCAGGAGGGAGCUGAAACCUUAAUCUCAUUGCAAAAGGGAGGAGCA